AAACUGCUACGUUAGACGGCGACAUUAUUAAUUAUACUUACCUAACGAUUCAGAAUGAAGUUUAUGUUACAGUAUUAAGCAUAGGCAGUCUUUCAGAUUAUGUAUUUUAGUUUUGUAUGAACUAACCUAGCUAGCAUGCUAACUAAGUGUAAGCGGCCAUCUAGAUUGCUAGCUAACCGGCAAGUUAAUCUAGCAAUCGUAAAAUAGCUAACCAGCUUCUAAGUUUUUAACAACUUUUCAAAAGUUUUAAAGUAAUUUCAGAACUUGCCAUAUGUAAGCUACUGUUAUAAUACAGAACUGUUUCUAACUUUGCCCGCAACAAAAGAUUAAAUGAAAAAUAUAGCUAACUUAGUGCUAACUAGCUUGAUAGUAGCUGUUGCUUUUAAAAUACAUUGACACUAGGUAUAUAAUUUGGACGAGCAUUGUUACUGGUGUUAACUUAAGCUGUUCAUACGGUUGUUUUGGAUUUAAGGAAUAGUAUUGUUUAAAGAUGCAGACGAUAAAGUGUGUUGUGGUGGGGGAUGGUGCUGUGGGAAAGACCUGCCUGCUGAUCUCCUACACAACAAACAAGUUCCCUUCUGAAUAUGUGCCCACGGUGUUUGAUAACUAUGCCGUGACGGUGAUGAUCGGUGGGGAGCCCUACACUCUGGGCCUGUUUGACACUGCAGGUCAGGAGGACUACGACCGACUCCGGCCGCUCAGUUACCCCCAGACGGACGUCUUCCUCGUCUGCUUCUCCGUGGUGUCCCCGUCCUCCUUCGAGAAUGUCAAGGAGAAGUGGGUACCCGAGAUCUCUCACCAUUGCCCCCGCACGCCCUUCCUGCUGGUGGGAACUCAGAUGGACCUGCGGGACGACAGCAACACGGUGGAGAAGCUAGCCAAGAACAAACAGCGCCCCCUGUCUUUCGAGAGCGGCGAAAAGCUGGCCAGGGACCUGCGCGCUGUCAAAUACGUGGAAUGCUCUGCCCUCACACAGCGAGGGCUGAAGAACGUGUUCGACGAGGCCAUCCUGGCAGCGUUGGAGCCGCCUGAAACCAAGCCCAAGAAGCGCUGCAGACUGCUAUAGAGAGAGAGGGAGAGAGGGAGAGAGGGAGAGAGGGAGGGAGGGAGGGAGGGAGGGAGGGAGGGGGAGGGAGAGGGAGAAACGAGAGCCAAGACAGGAAGGCAAAGGAAGAGGAAUAGGGGAGGGGGGAAGGAAGGGUGGGUGUGACAGGAAAAGGAAACAGACAGAGGGACCGACUCGUUGACACAGUGCCUUCAGCCAAUCCCGAGGGAAGCAGGGGCGAGAAUUUCUCACCCAAUCAAAACCCAGUCCUGUAAGAGUCCAGGAAGGGAGGGAGGAAGUUACUCUUCUUUUUUUUCCCAAGUGGACAGGGAUUUAAAUAGAAUUAUUUUUUUGUUAACCUUACAGUUUAAAGUUCUGGGAGGAGGAAUGGUGAAUUAUGUUAUUGGGAUGUAAAGAACGAGCUGGCCAGAAUACUGCUAACCGUUAAUCUCAGACUGCAGACUGGACACGAAUGCAUACUUAUCCACUAUUCUCCACCUGCUGCCACCUUCUGGUUAAUAAUGGGAACUUCCAAGUGCAUUUUUCUCUAGCAAUCUGCUGGCCACAGAGAACUGAAUUAAUAUUUUCUUCUUUUUUUUUUUUUGGAGUAUGAUGUUAUUAAUAUUAUAAAUAUUAUGUUUUCCUCUAUUGGGGAUUUUUAGCGGUUUUCCAUUUUAAAACUAGAGUUUUUUUUAUUGUUUUUAUUAUUUUGUGAUUUUGUGCAACAGUAUCACUUUGGUUGCAGUUCAUUAACGACAUAACAAUCAUAAUUCUAAUGUGUAAAUUACUGAUCUGAAUAAUUCCUCUGGGUGUAAUCAAAGAAUGUCUAAUAAAAAUGGUUCUACUGGC